AUGCGUCCCGACGCCAUCUCUGUUCUCGCGGCCUUCCUCGCGGUAGGCGGCUUGGACCUUGUGGCUGCCCAGGAAGCCCCCGAAGCCCAUGUGGACCGACCGCGCUUUUACUUCCCCAAGGAAGUCAAGCGGACCAUUCGCAACAGUGCCCGGAGCGCUGAUACCAACACAGGUUUCUUCGAUGGUAUUUUUGACAACUUCCUUUCCCAAGGAUCUUUAACUCAGCCCGAGGUUACUCCCACCCCCUCGACCACCCCUUCACCAGUCGCCGAGAGCCAGAAGGGCCAAGAAGUUGUUGUUGUGACGAUCUCCGUCGACCCUAAGAAUCCAGAGAUCACUCACCGUAUCACCGGCACUACGACUAUUGGUGGUGAGCCGACUGCUACCACCACCUCAACCACCAAGCAGACCGAAGCUGCGAGCACGGACAACACCCAGAAGAGCUCCGACGCUGCUUCCGCCAAUGCAGACACCACUAGCAAGCAGGCAGCGGCCGUCGACUCAUCAACAAAGGCCUCAUCUACAGCUGCUUCAACCUCCAGCGACAAUUUGCUUGGUGACGUUGGUUCAGGUGUUGCUAAUCUCCUCGGUGGAGACUCUACAACAUCGACUCCCGCAGCUGCCUCAACUGCUUCGACUGUGACCCCUGCUGUCGAUUCAUCGGUUCGGGCUGCGACUACGGCUGCUUCCACCGCCAGCUCCAGCUCUAGUGGCAAUCUGCUCGGCGACAUUGGCUCGGGUGUUGCCGGUCUGCUCGGUGGAGACUCUACUACUUCGACUGCUGCGGUUGCCUCGGCCACCUCGACUGCGACUCCCACCGUCGACUCAUCAGUCCAGGCUUCGACUACCCCGGCUUCAUCUGCUACCCAAUCUUCAAGUGGUAAUGUUUUGAGUGACCUUGGCUCGGAUGUGGGUGACCUUCUCGGUGUGAACUCUAAGACUUCCAGCACCGCCUCAAGCGCAUCGACCGUAGACUCUUCGGCUAAGGCAUCCACUACCCCUGCUUCUACCACCGCAGCUUCCAGCGACAACAUCUUUGGAGACAUCGGCUCAGGCGUUGGUAACCUCCUAGGUGGCUCGACUACCACGACCACCUCUGGCUCUGCGACUCCCACCGGAUCUGGCGUGAAGAGUCCUGACUCUAGCAAGGCCAGCGUAAGCUCGACUAGCUCUGGGUCUGAUCUCCUUGACCUUUUGGGUCUGGGUGGUGACAACUCUUCCACUGCCAACAGCACCAGCGCUACCGCGUUUGACACCUCCAGCCUGCCUACUAUCCCCGUGAGCGUUCCUGCUUCUGCCACUAACUCAGUCUUGGUGACACCCACUCCAACUUCGGGUGAUUUGCUCGGUGGGCUUACCUCCGGCGUGGAUUCUCUCCUUGGUCUUACGGGCACUGGAAGCACCGCAUUGAUCCCUACUGCCUCAAUCCCUACUGGUAACCCCAAGUCAACUGGCCUUAUUCCCACACUUCCCACAAUGGGACUUGGAGGUAGCAGCACUGCACUGAUCCCAACUCCCACCAACUCCAUUGGAACAAUCCCCGUGCCUCACUCGCCUGGUUCUGAUUCAGCCUCUACCUCUGCCUCCGGCUCCGGCUCCGGCACUACUUCAGUCCCCAUCUUGGGCACAACCGCUGGUUCUCAAGAGACCCCUAAGGUUCCCACGCCAACCUCCCACCCCGCUUCCACUCCCGUCCCUGUGGCGACUAGCGAAGCGAGCACGAGCAAGACCACCGUGGAACCCCAGACUACCCACACCGAGACGCCCACCCCUGUUCCUUCCACUUCCACUUCCAACGACAAUGACUGGAUGCCCUCGACCAUUCUCAUCGUGCCUACUGUUUCCACCACUGAGAGCGCCACCUCCGGUGAGACAGCGAAGCCCAAGGCAACCUCGCUCCCUGGCUCUAUUACUCCAUCGAACGAAGUGAACGAGGCCCCAUCUGACUCUAUCCUGCUUCAACUUGGUUUCAACGGCCAGCUGCCAUGGUCCUUCGUCGCAACCACCCCUCUGUCCUCAUCGCAGAUCUUCAACUACACCCCUCAGGCUAUUGAGAACGCUCUGCCAACUCUCUCCGCCAAGGACAGCCCAGUUAUGCUUGCACUUGAGCCCUACUACAACUGGCAGGCUACUGGCUACAACGCCACUAUCGCGGUCUUCUAUUUCCCUCGCGACAAGGUCGAUGCUUUGAAUGCGCUAAAGGUCAACCCUAACUCUGCUCUUUACAACCAGGCCAGUGAAUCCAUCAAGUCGCUGAUGACCAUGGUUGACCCUACAAUCCCUCUCGAGUUCUCUGGCAACUACCCCACUGCGGGCACUGCCUCGACCGGCAAUGGCAGUGACGGUGGUGACAAUGGUAACAACGAUGGUGGUAAAAACACCAACAGCGAUGGCUCUGCCAGCAGCUCCAAGGCCAAGGCCAGCUCCAUCGGUAUUGGAGUCGGUGUCGUUGCUGGUGCUGCCGCUUACGGUGCUGGUAUGUUCUGGGUUGCCCGUCGUUACCGCAAGAGAAAGCAGCUGCACCAACGCUCUAGCUCCACCGUUGAGCAGAUGAGCCAAGGUGGUUCCGUUGCCGGUUCUAUGAUGGCUGCCGGCGGCCGUGCCCCCAGCCAUGGCAGCCGCGGUACCGCUCGCUCCCAGAUGAUCAGUGCUCCCGUCAUGGCAGAGAACUCUUUGGGUUGGAAUUAA